AAGAUUCCAUCUUUGAUUCGGAUCUAUAAACCAUUUUCUGUUUUUCUUUUGAUUUUUUUGGAUAAACCCUAAGAAGAUAAAGGUCUCUAUCCUUUCAAUCUUCAUCUUCAAUCCUCAACCAUUACUUCUUUUGUCUUCAUCUCUUCUUUCCGCGGCUAUAAUCUCUGUUAAACCCUUAUCACAUAUUAGUAUAUUAUUAUUUAAUUUGUUUGUGUUUAAAUAUCUACUCUUUCAUUCCAUUUUCUUUCCCCUCUGAAACCCUCGAUUCGUCGCCUGUUUUUCCGGUGAUUGAAUCGUGGGUUUUCUUUAUGGCGUUGACAUCUGUUUUAUGGGAGAUCUUACAGCGUCCGACAGUUUGGGAUAUUAUGAUUGAUUUGUUUGUGUUGACUAUACCUAUAUGGAUUGCUGUUUUUGUUGGGGUUUUGGUUGGAUGGUCAUGGAAACCUAAAUGGGUAAAUUUGUCUGUUGAUGGUUUGGAUUCAAUUUCUUCUUCAAACAUCACAAAUACUAGUUUUGGGUCUUUUCCUUAUCUGAAUUCUCUGAAAUUACAACUUCCUGGCUGUGUUUCUUGGAGUUCUGAUGCGGGUUUGGUUAAUGAGAGUUCAUCGUCUUCUUCAACCCCAAGUUUUGAUGACAGUUCAUCACAAGUAGAGAAAGGGAAAUCAAGUGUAGUUAAUGAAGAUGACUUGAGACAUUUAUAUCGGCUUGUGGAGGAGAAAGAUGAUGGGCCGGCUUGGAUUCAAAUGAUGGAUAAAUCCGCUACGAGAAUGAAUUAUCAAGCUUGGCGUAGAGAUAAUGAGAAUGGACCGCCACAAUAUCGUAGUAGAACGGUGUAUGAGGAUAUCACUCCCGAGAUGGUGAGGGAUUUCUUUUGGGACGAUGAAUUCCGAAUGAAAUGGGAUGAUAUGAUUCUUCAUGCUGAAAUUUUGGAGGAAUUUCCUUCUAAUGGAUCAAUGGUUGUUCAAUGGGUACGCAAGUUUCCUUUCUUCUGUAGUGAUAGAGAAUACAUAAUUGGUCGACGUAUUUGGGAAUCAGAAGGAACAUACUACUGCAUCACAAAGGGAGUACCUUCCUCAACUGUUCCAAGACGUAACAAACCGAGACGAGUCGAUUUAUAUUACUCAAGCUGGUGUAUUCGCCCAGUCGAGUCAAAGAAAGGUGGUAUGACUGAUUGCGAGGUGAUUUUGUUUCAUCACGAAGACAUGGGUAUUCCAUGGGAAAUCGCAAAACUUGGAGUUAGACAAGGCAUGUGGGGAGCUGUGAAGAAGAUUGAUCGUGGCCUUCGCUUAUACCAACAAGAGACAAAAGUCUUUUCUCGUUGUGCUUUUUUGGCCGGGAUUACAACCAAAGUAGACUCCUUUUACCUUGAAGCCUUGCAAAAUUCAAUAGGAGGCUCAUUGGAGAUUGAAACCGCGAAUUUGGAUUCCUCUGAUUCGGAGAAGGUUGUAGGAAAGAAUAAUAUACAGAAAAUUCUUUUGGUUGGUGGAGCCAUCGCACUUGCUUGCAGCUUGGACCGUGGUCUAUUGACGAAGGCUGUCAUAUUUGGCGUCGGUAGAAGGUUUGCGAAGAUCGGCAAGAGAUUAUGAUUUUCAAGAGAAAAAUGAAAGGUUCUUGAAUAUGUCAAUUCAAAUAUCCAAUGUUAUAUAAUAUAGGGUUGAGUUCUGAAGGCUCUUCUAGAACCACAAUUAUAAAGUUGUAGAUUCAAACUUUUUAUGACCAUUUAAAAAUACAAUUAGUUUUUUUUUUUUGUGAAA